UGUCCUGUUCUGUGGGCAUCCCUGGCUUGGCACUGCCUCCCCUCCCCAUGUUUCUGCCCAGGGUCUCCAGUGUGGCUGCCCAUGCUGCCACCCAGAUACAGGAGGAGAGAAUAAAUAGGCACCCUUCCCUUGGGACUCUUAGGAGAGCCCUCACACUGUCCUCUGUUGUUGCUUCCUCCCCUAAUCACUCCACUGCAUCCUGAGUCCAUACAUCCAUUAAGAACUAUGUCCCAUACCCUCAGUAAGUAUUGCUGUCAAGCUGGCUUUGAUUUAUGGCAGCUCUUUGAAUGAGAAUCUGGGGACCAGAAAGUCUCAAGGCGGCCACCACCGUCUCCUCCUCCUCCUCAGGCAGCAGAAGCCAGGACUGGGUCCUACCUUCCCAAGAGACAAAGCGGCCCAGGACUCCAUGAGACUUUCUGGAGGCUCUUUGCCACAGGACCCAUGGAGAAAGAAGAGUCUCCCCACUUUACAGGAGAGUCUGGGGUCUUCCUCACUGCUUUUUCUUCAGAGCUGCAGCUGAAAAGCAGGGAAAUUUUGCUCUCUCUCUCUUGAGGAAUCCUGGGCCGAGUUAUGCAAAUUGGCUUGAUUAACCAAUUAACAUGCAUGGUUAGUCAACCUGACACGUGCAAUCAGUUGACAUCCCCAAAUGCCCCCUCCUUUGGGGGCUCACCCACCCAUGGCCCCUUCCUCUGCCUCCCUUUCCAAGGCAGGCUGACCCUUCAGGCAGGAAGAUGGUGGAGCAGGCCUGGCACUGGGCAGAAGAGGAAGUCCCUGGGCAGAGAGAGGUGGGUGAAAUGGCAGCCUUUGUUGCAAGGCCCCCAAGAGAGCCCCCUUGCAACCCAGAAGAAACAGAGGAGGAUGCGGUGGGGGGGGGUUGGCUGCUGUGCUCCUCUCCUAUGGGACCAGGAAGGGGGCCCUUGCACCUGGGUGCUUCCUUGCACUGGGAACAGAAGGGGGAGGCCAGAAUUUGCCACUGCUAAGUGCCCCCAGUCCCCACUGCAGCAUUUGGACAGAGUGGCUUAUUAUGCUUUGCUCCCUCCUCCUCCUCCUCUUCUCUCUGUGUUCCUUCCUUAUUGAUCCUGCUUUGGUGCUCCGGGUGCAUCUUGGCAUAUUUCUGUUAAUUGCAUUUCAACUGUGAAUCUGUUGGCGUAGUUUUUUUUAUGGUGAGCCAUCUGGGGGAACCUUUGGAGAGCUGAAUUAUGAGCUAUAAAUAUAUGUGUUCUGUAAACAAAUAGAUAGAAACGCAGCAGCGGCAGUGGCACGUGUCGAGGGGAAGCCCAGGGCCAAACGGCCUGGCAUGGAGGAGAGAAACUUGUCUCAGACUAUGCAGUUAACCUAUUUCAAACAUAUAAAAGCAUCAUCCAUUUUGCUAUUGAUAUAAUUAUUAAUCUAAGCAACACCCUGUGCUUCCUAUUCGUCACACCCAUAUAACCACUUUUAUAUUUUCCCCAAAAUGUCACAACCCAGUUCUAUAUACCAUACUGCCUAAUGGGAAUAAUGCAUCACAUCAUAAAUCUAUGCCUAUGUAUAGCAUUCUGCAAUCAGGCCUGCAUAUGUCAGCCAACCUACCAACAGUUCUGUACACAGCAUCAAACUAUCAGGUUUGGAUCAAAUGCCUAUCAGCACAUAUAUCAUGUCACAUACAUCUCAGUUAAUACACCUGAGGUCAUCCCUCCAUUCCUUCAUUCUUGUCAUCCUACAGCAUGCUUAUGUAUAGCAAACCUCCAAGUCAUACCUUCCAGUUGAAAUCAGGCAUAUAUAAUGUCAUACGUGGCAGUUGAAUCAAAGGCAUGAUACAAAACAGGAUUUCCCAGUACAAUAUUAUGGCCAGAUUAGCUUAGUUCUGGCACCACCAAAUUAUGUUAGCUGAUUUGAAUUUCAUUAUUCAAGAAAGGUGAGAUAUAAGUGAAUAACAUCUUUUGGAAUAACUUUCUCAUGGGACUGCUCAGCCCCCAUGACCUUUGCCUCCCAGAAUAACUCACCAUAGUCAAUGGUAUCGCAUAUGUCCCUUCCAUGCUCUCCUUUUUCUGCCUUUCCUUUCUUUCCACAAAAACAAGGGUGGUGUGGGAAUGCAGGGCCUUUGAGGUGGUGGCACCAGGAGGCCUCUGUUUACUAGGAGUUUUUGCAGCUCCUGAGGAGGCUGGGACACGCUGUCCAUAUGGGCAGAGUGGGGGUCCCUCAGACGUCUUGGGAAGGGAGGGCGAAUGGAAGGACACAGAGGGAGAGAUGGCUGGUGUGAAACUUCUGCCCAUGGGACCGUCCAAGUAGCUCUUCUUUGUCUCCUGAUGGCUUUCUGAGCCAUUGGCAGCAGGUCCCUCCUUGGGGCACUGAGGGUCCAGUGGUACAGGAUUGGUGCCCUAAUGGCUCAUGGUGUCUCGCCAGAGACCAACCGACAGAUGCGUGUUUUUCUGCUUCUGCAGAGGCAAAGUCCCGCUGGUGGAGUGAUGAAAGGCUUCUGCUGGAGUGCCUUGACUCCUGUCAAGUCCCAUCAUCCCCACCAGGAUGGCAAAGGAACCGCUGAAGCAACAGCUGCUGGCAGGCUUUUAGCGACACAGUUCCCCCCCCCCCCCCAGUUGAUGGUAACAGAAGCCGAAAAGCAACGUUGCCUGGCCUCUGGGGUUGGCUGUCCUGUCUUGUUCGUUCAGAGAGGAGGGUGGUGGUGCCAACUUCUCAGAGGGCAAGAGUAGCUGAUCUGUCCACCAGGCGGCCAGAGUCAGGAAAGCAGGAAGCUUGGAGUGUCUUCUUGCCUCCCCUUGGCUGGAUUAGACCUCUCUCACUGGGAAAUGGGGUUGUCCAGGUUUUGGAAAGAUGAAGGUCUUUUAUUCUGUGCUGCUGCAAGGCGGGUCCUGCGCAUCUAGAAAUCCCCCCCCCCAUCUCCCAGAAGGGCCAUGCUGGAGACCCUUUCCGAAAGGGGAAGCCCUGGGCCAGAAAAGCUGGGAGUGUCUGGGUUCUUCAGCCUGGAAAUGCUUCUCUUAGUCCCAGAAGUGACAGGAGACCAGCUAGCAGUGGAGAGUAGGAGGCACAUUGCACAUGCUCAGAGGUUUUUCCUUUGCCGUAGGAAGCUUCAGAGCCUCAGAUUUACUGGGUACCCAGACCAAAUGGGGCUCAGUGACCAUGCUGAGGUGUGGCCAACACUUGGCUGUCAGUGGCAACUGGCCAUGAUUGCUGUGUGCUAGUCUAUUCCUGGGCCAGAGGUAUUCAUUCUGCCCUCAAAUGUCACUUUUGGCUCAGCUGGCACCGGGGCAAAGGAGAGUCUGCCAUUGCCCAUCUUGUGUCCCAUGCUUGGGGGCUUAUGGUGGCUGCACCUCUGGGUCCAAAAGCGAGGCCUACUUAGGGCUGACCCAGCAUUGGAUGGGCUCUUCUCCUGUUCUUGGAAGAAAAGACCAACCUUGCAGGGCCGUUGUGUGGGGUCAGUUGCUUGGUGCUCUCCUGAGUGGGGCUGUUUAACCGCCUUCCAGCCACACCAAGCGAGCCGAGAAUGCUGCUGCACCUUUGCCACAGCUCACCUGCACUGCUGUCUUUUGGGGGGCAUGCUCCCAGUGCUGGUGGCAUGGCCUUUGGGGUCUGGGACGCAAAAAGGACAGUCUUCCAAAAGCCUUUCUGAGUUACCCAGAGAACCAGGGGGAUCAAAAUGGAUGGGUUGUCACUUGCGCCCUUGAUUGGGGGCCCAGGAGGCAGGGAGCUUAUGUCAAAUGGAGGCUAUAUGUGGGGGAGCCUGGGGGACUGUUUCUUCUCUCUUAACCCCCCCCCCCCCCCGCUGGUCCUGUUUUUCUCUGCAGCCUCCACUUGCUCUUCCUCCCUCCUGGCAGCCUCCCUCCGUGCUCCUUCUUCAAAGCCUAAUUUCAUAGCCUCUGUACUUUUGCCAUGGGUUUUGCAUGGACUUAUGCAAAUGCCCCCUUCUUCUUCUCCUCCUCCUCCAUCUGCUGCCUUCUUGUUCCUGACUGGAUGUUGGUAGACAUGCAGCAGGACCCAAAGCUUGGAAGACAAGGGCAGGUUGGUUUUUAUUGAGAGUGAUCAUCUGAGAAGGAAGAGGUGGUUGCCAUACAGAGAUAUAGAUAUGUGGGGGGUGAGGUGGUGGUGGUGAUCUGGAAUCCUCCAGCUGGCGUCCAUCUUCCUGGAGGGCACUGGGGUACAGAGAGUUGAAGCAUGGAUUCUGUCAGUUUGAUGGCAGAGUAGGGAGGGCCACUCUGGAGGGAAGGCAUGGCCAAUGCACUCCCGCUUGGGCCAAGCCUGGUCAGCUAUCUUGGGCUCUGAAUAGACCAGGGAGGGGUGCACUGCUGUUCAAGGGCAGGGGGGGGGGGGCUUUAGACAUCCCUGUGGGGCCAGCUGCUUUCAUCCUCUACCUGGGCCAGGAGCCUUGUCUGGCACAGAUGUGGGGCUGAGGGCCAUCGGAGUGGUCCAUGUGGUGCCAGGUGUUCCCUGGGUGGCUUUGCUUUCUGCCUUUAUUCACCCAGAGCAGGAGGCGUGGAUGGGAGCACCUGGGGGCCUUAUCCCUUAAUUCCAAUUAAUGGGCCCUCUUGCCACCUGGGCAGGCGUGCGAGCGAGCGGCUAAGCCCAUUCAUUUCCUGGAGUGCAACCUGAACCGCUGGCCUGGCAGCCCAUUCACAUUUUGCAGGACUGCGGAGCAAGAUGAAUUGCCAACCAGGACUCUGUUCUCCUCUGCCCCCUGCAGCCCACGGGUUCCUUUGAGGGCUUGGCUCUUUCCCUUUGAGUGAGUUUUAUAAAGCCUGACACAGCCCCAGGCGGCAGCUGAUAGGCGUCCCAGAGGGCACGGACUGCCCAAGGGGAGCUGAGUCCUCCAGCAUAAGAAGUUGGUCAGGUGGAUGGAUCUCCCUGGAUUUUAAGGGAAGCCCUGGAGAGAAAGUCUUGCCUGCUCUUCUCCUUUGAGCCUUUCCUUCCAGCGUCUCUGUUUGGGAGCUCGGGUCCUGCAGAGGAAGCCGUUGGGCGCAUUGCCAGGGUGCUCCACAAACAGACCCAGGCAGCCUCCAGGUGUGUGGGAAGAUGGUCGUGCACCCAUAGGACCAUGUACCACAUCAUGACAUGUUGCUGCUGCCGUCUUCUUCUCCUGGUCAUCCACUGCGCCCUCCUGAGCAUAGCCCCCCUCUCAGCCUGCCCUGCCCGCUGUGAGUGCGUCCCGCAACUCAGGUCCGUCAUCUGCCACCGCAAACGCCUGACUGCCAUCCCCGAGGGGAUCCCCACCGAGACCAGGAUCCUGGAGCUGAACAAGAACCGCAUCCGCUGUCUGAACUCGGGGGACCUCUCCCCAUUCCCGCUGCUGGAGGAACUGGACUUCAGCGAGAACGUCAUUGCCAACGUGGAGCCGGGAGCCUUCAGCAACCUCCCGAAUCUGCAGACCUUGCGGCUGCGGGGCAACCAGCUCAAGCUCAUCCCAACUGGGGUCUUCAGCCGGCUCUCCAACCUCACAGUCCUGGACUUGAGCGAGAACAAGAUUGUCGUCCUCCUGGACUACAUGUUCCAGGACCUGAGGAGCCUCAAGACAUUGGAGGUGGGCGACAAUGACCUGGUCUACAUCUCCCGCAAGGCUUUCUCCGGCCUGGUCAGCCUGCAGCAGCUGACGCUGGAGAGGUGCAACCUGACAAGCAUCACCGCUGAGUCACUCUCCCGCCUCCAGGGCCUGGAGGCCCUCCGGCUCCGACACCUUGGCAUCGCAUCAGUGGACGACCACAACUUCAAGAAGCUCCGCAACCUCUUGUUGUUGGAGAUUGACAACUGGCCUUUCCUGGAGGAGAUAUCGCCCGACGGCUUCCAGGGGCUGAACCUCACCUCCCUCUCCGUCACCUACACCAACAUCACGGUGGUGCCAACAGCUGCCCUGAGGCACCUGUCGCACCUCAUGUACCUGAACCUGUCUUACAACCCCAUCAGCACCGUGCCCCGGGGGGCCUUCAAGGAUCUUCCCCGGCUCCGGGAGCUCCACAUGGCAGGGGCCCUGCUGGCCUUGGUUGAGCCCCAGGCCCUCUAUGGACUGAGGCAGAUCCGCCUCCUCAAUCUUUCUGGCAACUUCUUGGCUACUCUGGAGGAAGGCGCUUUCCACUCUGUCAACAGCCUGGAAACGCUCCGGCUUGACCGGAACCCCUUAAUCUGUGACUGCCGCCUGCUGUGGAUUCUCCAGCGCCGGAAGACACUCAACUUUGAUGGACAGCUGCCGACAUGCUCUUCGCCACCCGAGAUCCAAGGUGACGCCUUGCGUGACUUUCCAGACUCCAUCCUCUUUGAGUACUUCACCUGCCAAAAGCCCAAAAUCCGGGACCGCCGGCUCCAGCAGGUCACGGCGUAUGAGGGGCAGUCUGUGUCCUUCCUAUGCCGGGCAGAUGGAGAACCUGCACCUGCCAUCAGUUGGGUCUCUCCUCAGCACCGAAUGAUCUCCUCCAAGAGCAAUGGGCGCGUGGCUGUACUGCCCAGUGGGACGCUGGAGAUCCGCUAUGCCCAGGUGCAGGACAGCGGGACUUACAUCUGCAUUGCCAGCAAUGCCGGUGGCAAUGACACAUACUUUGCCACCCUAAUGGUCAAGGGGCACCUGGCCGAGGGUGCCCUGUAUGCCAACCGGACCUUGUACCUCAGUGAGUUCAACGACACCUCCCACAAUGAGACGCAGGUCGUCCUGAAGUUUACGCUAGAUCUCAAAACCAUCCUGGUCUCCACAGCCAUGGGCUGCAUCAUGUUCCUGGGGGUGGUCCUCUUCUGCUUCCUCCUCCUCUUUGUCUGGAGCCGGGGCCGGGGUCAGCAUAAGAACAAUUUUUCCGUGGAGUACUCCUUCCGCAAGGUGGACGGCCCCGCCACUGCAGCUGGACAGGGGGGCGCCAGGAAGUUCAACAUGAAGAUGAUCUGAACACCUGGCUGGCCCAGCAGAGGGGUCUGCCCCAAAGUGGGGUGUGAGGCAGGGAGCCCUCUUUAGAAGGGCUCUGAUGGGGGCCACUUGGCCACAGCUCUGUUCCACCAGAAGGGCUCAAGAGACAAUCUGUAGACCAGGAGGGAGGCCCUUCCCCACUGCUCUGAACCAAGUGGGGCUGACUCUGCCCCACAGGGCAUUUACCUGGCACCAGGGUUCGCUCGCCAUCACUGCCAAAGCUGCCCCUGGGCCCAGGGUACUCAUAGCAGAGAGGGCAAGGUCCCCGUGAGGCUCCUGUGGGCAAGACCUGAUGUGCCUGUGGGUGCAGCGGGGCAUCUCCCUGCUAACCUGCAAAUGGCACCAUGUUGCCCCCACUUGCCUGGGGGGUUGCCUGCCCUAUUGCAAACUGUGGCCCUCUCUGGGCUCCACUAUGACUGUGCUUCCACCCCUCCCACGGUGUCGCCUUGUCCGGAUGAGGCCCCCACGCACAUGACUUGUGGUUUGAUGUCCUCUCACUGUGGCCAAUUUCUAAGUUUUGGGGAUCGGUUUGGCCUUUCUCAAGCGUUACUUUUUGGGCUUUGAAGGGUCUCUCACUCUCUUUCUCUUUUUAAGUGAUCACUGUUUUUGAAAACCUGGGUCUACUUGUGGCUUCCAUUGUUACAUGAUUUUAUACACAUGCAUGACAAACGUCUUGUUGUGGCUGAAACCCCUGCUACUGCGGGGCAGGGGUUGGUGGUUGCCCCAUUGCCCACCAGACCAGGCCUAGCAGCCCAGAGACUUUGGGGAGAGAUGCCUUUCAGAACCCAAUAAGGGUGUGUGUGUGUGUGUGUCCCUGUCCCUGUGAGUGACACCAAUGUGUGUCGUCCCUGCCCUGCAGAGACCCUCCUCUGCCCAGGAAUUAACCUGGCUGUUCCCUCCCGCAUGGGAGUCACCAAGAAGAAGAAAGGGCUGUUGCAUGCAGACUGCAGGCCAGUGAGACGGACAGAUGUCCAUUCACUUGACUUUGGUGAGUUGUUUCUGAAUGGCCAAAGCUAGAGGUAGAUUCAGUGAUGUAAAAGCUGGCUUAGUAUGGGGCGGGGGUCAUACAGCCCACUGAAUGCUGCUGCUGCGCUGCUAUCCCAGCAUCACCCUCCCUUGGCUGUGCUCUCAGGCUCUGCUGGAAGAUGUAGCGUGGCAGCAUCUGGAGAGUCUCACCUGGUUUAGUGGGAAGAGGCACAGGUGUGGGGAGCCCUCCUGCCCACCCCUUUGGCCCCCUUGCCCUGCAUGGAGGCGUUGAGCAGAAGGGAAGGUGCACUAAUCCACUGCAUGGGCAUCAGUCUGAGCACGUGGCGGCAGCGGGGAAGGCGUGAGGCGGUAGCCUCCCCCUGCGCCGGGAGAUUAGGCCAGCCGAGGAGAAUCGUGUGAUUAUUUGUUCUACGUGAGGUUUCGGCUGACAUAUUUGCUGGCAUCUGUUUUGGCUUCCAGCGGAAACGCCAACUGCCAGGCGGAGAGGAGGAGGAUGUCCUGAAAAUGGGGAAAUUAAUAUGGAGAGAGAGAGAGAGAGGAGGUCAGCUGGGGAAGGAGAGGAAAAAGGAUGGAGGAAGGGCAGACCUGGCUGGUUGCUGCAUGGCACUGUGCUGCUGGAGAGGCAUUGGAGACCCCCCCCAAGAGCCCCUGAGUGCACAUUAAUCCCUCCAUCCUCACGUGAACUGAGGGAUCUGCCAUGAAAGCGGGUGGGGAGCUUGGGAGGGUCUUCACAGUAGACGAAAUUGGGGCCAUGGGGGCCCCCUGUGCUCCAUGGCCAGCAGCCCCCCUUUCCAUGGUGUGUGUGUGAGAGAGAGCGAGAGGCUGCUCUGGGCUCCAGUCCAGACUGUAAUGGUUCUGUCCAAGGCCCUGUCAGUCCGGGACUUUAGGUGCAAAAGACCCCAUCUCUGUGGGGAAGAGGUAAUUGCCCAUGUUUUUUGUGGAGGGAAGGGGCUUCCAGUCCUUCCUCUUAGGACAAAUUAGCAAAAGGGCUGGCAUCGCUGCUGCAUGUGGCAAGAGGGGCGUUUUUUGGCAGAAGGGGCCUGAUGGCAUUUGGGGGCCACAGCUGCAAAAGUCCCUUUUUUGGUCUCUUCUCAUUUAUACAGGACCUGUUUUUAUAUGUACUGGUGCAUGAACAGUUCAAAGCCAUCAUAUAUAUAUCACUGUCUGUAUACGUCCGUGUCUCCCGUGUGGUCUUUCUGGUCUGCCUUUCUCUGCCGGGUCCCUGCAAAGCCCAGAGCCCAGGAAGGGCCAGGAGCAAGCGGGGGAAGGUGCCACUAGCCACGGGUUCCCCUUCUCCGCCGCUGAGCCCUGCUUGGAGCCACUGGCAGAGGCCUCCUAAGAAGGCCAGAGGAAGGACAUGGAGAUCCCCCCCCCCACCGGUCUAGGGGCAUGUGGCUGGCAGGGGCCCUGGGCCUGGUCUCCUGGGGGUCUGCUACAAGGGGCCCUUUGUCCCAAGGGCUGGCAGCCCACAGCCCCCGAUGAAAGGCCAGUUGUCCUGGGAGGCAGGUGGGGCUUGAACA